AUGGAGAACAAUGAACCAAAAGGUAAGGAAGGUUUACCUGAAACGGUUCCAUUACCUGCGACUCCUGCUCCAAUUAGAACUGAAUAUAGCACAUUGCUUGACGAAGUUGAACCAAAAAAUAAACCCAUAAAUACUAACAUUUAUACUGAACCACCAGGUCGCACUGAAGAAUCUUAUGAUGCUCAAAAAGGCGCUGCUGCGGAAUAUGGCAUUGAACGUGGUGAAGAAGAACGUGAAGAACCAAUUGAAAAAGAAAAAACCACUCCCAUUAUUCCAUCUUCAAUCGCCCACAAAUUCGAGGUACCAUCAAUAAAAAACAUCUGGCACAAAUACUUGGUCCUUCGUAUCCUGGUUUACAUUUUAGCCGCAUUCUCUUCAAUACCUGUGCUCACUCUUCUCGGCUGGUCAGUUGUCACGGCCACAAUUGUUAUUGGAAUCGCCGGGAUUGGAAUCGCUAUCGCUGAGUCGUGUGCUUUGGGAUGCGGCAGUUGCGUCUGUUUUCCGGUUGUGAGUGUGUUGAUGUUUGUUGCCUUUUUCGGUGCGUUGUUGGGUGGAUUAGGUUACUGUGGUUACUAUAUUUUUGUGGGUAUGUUGGCUUUAGCAGGUUUGAGUCAAGGAAAAAAUGUGCGUGGUGGUGAAAGAGCCACCUGGCUAUCUCAAUUAGGCUUCGAGCGUAAGAUGAAGGAUGAAUAA